UAAAUUGUGGUAGCAGAGCAGCGGAGCAGAGUAGAAGAAGCUUGGUAUUCUGAGCACUGGGAGUUCAUCUCCAUCAGUGUGCGUGUUUGCAGUGUCAGGCAAAGAAACGUGGAUAAAUUGUAUCUGUUCAGAGGUGGGUUCAGGUUUAGUCAGGAUGACUUCCAACAGGCAUUGGCCAAAUCUCUUCAAAUCGAAGCCCUCAACUUCUCAACAUCAAUGGCAUCAAAUGACCACCUCUUCAAACAUCUCCGGCCCAAACUUGUCCUCUAAAGAAGGAACAUCGUCAAGGGAGGAAGAGAGAGAGAGGGAGAAGGAGAAGGAGAAAGAGAGGAACCCAGACCCAAAACUCAGAUGGAAUCCUAAGCCAGAACAGAUUCGAAUUCUUGAGAGCAUAUUCAAUUCUGGUAUGGUGAAUCCUCCGAGAGAAGAGAUACAGAAGAUCAGGAUGCAACUUGAAGAAUAUGGCCAAGUGGGAGAUGCCAGUGUUUUCUACUGGUUUCACAACAGAACAUCCCGAACCAAGCAAAAACAACGCCAUCUUCAGGCUUCUGCUGAAAAAUCCUCUAAAUCCUCUGCCACUGGGCAAAGAUGUUUUGACCAAUAUGGUGUUACCCUUCCCAAUAACAAUACAAGCUCUUUCAUUGGAGAACUGCCUUCCUCUCUGCUGCCUUGUUCUGCCUCAUUUCCAAUGCAAUACUUGGGUUAUCAGCAGACUGAGGGAAUUAAUACUGCGCAAUACCUCAGAAUCAACAGACCUAUUCUUCAUUUCUACACAAUGAAGGACAAGCUUAUCCUCCAUAUAGUGAGCAGCUCGAAUGCUUCUUCAUUCACCGUUUUUAUCAAUGAUAUUCCAAUCGAUGUUCCAAUGGGUCCUAUCAAUGUGAAGGCCCUCUUCGGUCCAAAUGCUGUUCUGUUUCAUUCCUACGGCCAACCAGUAAUAAUGGAUGAACAGGGAUUCACUUUGCAAGCUCUGCAACAAGGAGCUAUGUAUUACUUGAUGCAAAUAUGAAUUGGUCGAUCGGCUCCCUAGAAUAGUGUUCUCUUGUCUAUGGCAGACAUAUAUUAUUCCAGUUAUAUAUACAGUGCUUAGAAAGUUUAUCAUGGUCAACUUAGUAUUAUGGUGAUUAUAUAGCGCAUUAGAGCCUUAUUAUCAGUCUUUUAAUAGACAAU